UCGGCUGAUCAAGACUGCAGACUUGUGUGGUUCACUUUAUUCUCAACACCUCCUUAUCCUGAAGACAGGAACGGUUUUCCAGACUGCUCAACGAACAUGCUGACCUUUGCUCGACUGUGUUUACCCCUUUGCUGGUUGCUGUCAGUGGAGUCCGUGUCGAUCCAUUUUAACCUCACUCGACGAGAUGUCAGCAAUCUCAUCCCGUUGAGCAUGGUUGAAGAUUCGAUUGAUGACAUGUAUUUUGGCUGCAGUGAAGAAAUGAUGAAGACAGUCACUCACAAAUACCCUGAAGAACUGGAUGUGGGACCAUAUGCAGAUACCUUGAAGAAGGAAGAAGUGAAAAAUUGUGUAGAAAAGAACCUAAAAGAGAAAGAGGAUGAGGCUCUGACCAAAACCCACAUGGAAGCACUUUGUUCUUAUACAUCUAACUACGUGUAUAAGGAAUUCAAUACUGCAGUCAGGACAAACAGAGGUGUCUAUACUUCAUCAUUCCAAUUCCACAUUUUACAUUUCUUCCUGACAUCAGCCAUACAGAUCUUGAAUAAUAAGAACUAUUGUUACACUACCUAUAGACGAACCAACGUUGUGUUUACUGGUAAUGUCAACCAAAGAAUUCGGUUUGGUUCUUUCAGCUCCAGCUCUUUUAGAACAGACCUGCAGAACUUUGGUAAGAAGAGCUGCUUUAAAAUCACAACAUGUACAGGCGCUUAUUUAAAAAGGUAUUCAGUUUAUGGUGAGAAAGAGGAAGAAGUUCUCAUUCCUCCCUACGAGGUUUUCAGUAUCACUGAAAAACACGAUAAGAAUAAACUUCCAGAGCUUAAAGACUGUGGUGUUGUCUUUGUCUUGAAAAGUGAAGGAGGUCAGAGUAGGCUCAACUGCAAAAUUGCUCAUAUAUAAAAGUUCAGUGGUUCUUCUCCAGCCAGUGGGAAUGACCAAGUCUUGUUCCACCAUCUUUCAACCUUCCACAUUUCUUGCCAUAAUUGAUUAAAUAAUCAUUUUAAAUGAUGUACUAGACAACAUCAAUAAAUACAAAUAUGUAGCUUCAUGCUUUAGCUUUUUUUUCUGUUGUACUCUGAAGAUUUUUUUUCCUCUGCAACAUAAUCUAAUUUUCUGUGUGCAAUUUCUAACAGAAUUUAUUAAUAUGUCCAUUUUUGCUUUCAUAAAAUAUAUAAAUUUACAACUGAAAAAGUGUAAAAAUAUCCUUUAAACUGUCAGGGAAGGAAGAAGUUUGUGUCCUGGCUGGUGUAACAGAUGUUCAUUUAUAUGUGACAGUCUCACACUGUCGCUUUCAGUUAUGUAGAUCUGCAAAGAAUAAACGA